AUGUAAAAUAAACCGAAUGCAUAUGAUAAGACCCUAAGAAAUCUUUAAGAAUAAUCUAACUACAUUUUUAAAGAAAAUCCCAACCCUAUAUUAAAUUAUCAAUCUAAAUUAGUUCUCAAACAAUAUUAGGUAAUUCUUGAUAAAAAUUAGAUAUCAUCAUUCAUUUAAAGAUAAGAAUAGUUAAAUAACUAAUUAAAUCAAACUAAAAAAUCAAGAUAAUUUAGUUAGCAACAAGAAAGAUAAACUGUUGCAACUAAACCUAGAGCCUUUAGUAUUUAUUAUAAAGAUUAAAUAUGCACAUAUAGUUAGCCAAAUUUGAUUAAGGAAGAUUCUAAUAAUUCAACAGAUGAUUGUGUUUUCUAAAAAAAUGAAUAUUAAUCAAAUAAUUUCUUCAUAUAUUCUGAUGAAUCUCUCAAAAAAAAAAGACUCUUACCUCCUAUGCAUCUUAAUAAUAAAGAUCCAUUUCUUUAAACAUUUGGAAAAUAAAUAGAAACUAUAAAUAAAAAUAGAUUUCCUAAAGAAGUUUUUUUAGGAAAUGUAAGGAAAAUGAAAAAAUAAUUUUAGUAAAACUUAAAUCCAUGA